GAGUUUUUUGUUUUUUGUUUUUUUUUUUUUGAAAAAAAAAGAGUAAGGAGUUUUUAACUCUUCGCCUUCCCCGCCGUUGAUCCCCGCCUGAGAUGAGCACGGUGCACCUGAAGGUUCUCAGAAGACCGCCUCCCCUGUCCCUUCCGUCUUCGCAUCUCCGCCAACUUUCCACCUCCGCCGCCGUUUCCGCAUCCGGCAAACCUUGGUUCGCCCCACCUCCGCCGCAGCCGUCAAAGCUCCGCCGGAACAACACUACCGAUCCAAUCAUCACAAGCCUUUCAGAAGCCAUAGCCAAUUCCCGAAAGAAACCUCUCCAGACCUCCCUGAAAACCCUCCUGCCGUCUCUUAAGCCCCACCACAUCGUCGACCUAAUCAAUCUCAACCCCCACUCUCUCCCCCCUUCCUCCCUCUACUCCUUCUUCACAUGGCUCUCCUCUCACCCCUCCCCUUUCCGCCACACUUUCUUGACCUACUGCGCCAUGGCCCACUUCCUCUGCACCGUCGGAAUGUUCGCAGAGGCUCGAUAUCUCCUGCAAACCAUUGUUUCGAGAAAGGGGAAGAACUCCGCUUCCGCGAUUUUUGCUUCCAUACUCGGAUCUAAAGGUACCCCGGACUCCACCGAUCGGCUUGCCGGCUUUCUUAUACUCGUUUAUCUCGAUUCUGGGUUUAUUCCCGAUGUAAUCCAGUGUUUUCGGAUCAUCAAGAAGCAUAGAUUGCGUGUCUUGUUUGAAGCUUCUUCUCGAGUAAUUGACCAUUUGAUGAAAUCAAUGCCGCCAUGGGCGGCUUGGGGUUUGUACAGGGAGCUCUUAGAAUCAGGGUGUCCUCCGAGUGUGUAUUGUUUCAACAUGUUGAUGCAUAAAUUGCUCAGGGAAGGCCAAAACAGGGAAGCCAAAUUGGUUUUUGAUGAAAUUGGGAAAUGGGGAAUCAGGCCUAGUGCUGUUAGCUUCAAUACUUUGAUCAAUGGGUAUUGCAGGUUGGGUGAUUUAGAUGCAGGGCUUAGGUUGAAGAAUGUAAUGGAGGACAGGGGAGUCGUCCCUGAUGUUUUCACUUACAGUGUUUUGAUCAAUGGCCAUUCCAAGAAAGGUUUGAUGUGUGUUGCAGGCCAACUGUUUGAUGAAAUGUGUGAGAGAGGUUUAGUCCCGAACGGUGUGAUAUUCACAACAUUGAUUAACGGGCACUCUAUGGCCGGGCAGGUGGAUUUGGCCAUGGGUCUCUAUGAAAGCAUGUUGAGAAACGGCGUGGAGCCCGAUUUGAUCACGUACAACACGUUACUCAACGGGCUUUCAAAGAGCGGCAACCUUGCAAAAGCCCAAAAGCUCGUCACGCAAAUGAACGAAAAGGGUGUAAGGCCCGAUAAGAUCACAUACACAACACUCAUAGAUGGGCAUUGCAAGGCGGGCGAUUUUGAUGCCGCUUAUGGGGUCCAAAAGGAAAUGGUUGGAAAAGGGAUUGCACUUGACCAUGUGGCCUAUACUUCCUUCAUUACAGGCCUAUGCCGAGAAGGGAGGGUGUCCGAAGCCGAGAGAUUGCUAAGAGAAAUGUUGAGAAAUGGUCUAAAACCGGAUGGUCCGACCUAUACCAUGCUCAUUGAUGGCUUCUGCAAGAAGAGGGAUGUCAAAAUGGGGUUCGAGCUGUUGAGGGAAAUGCAGAGGGAAGGGUGCAAGCCGGGAGUGAUAACGUACAAUGUGAUCAUGAACGGGUUGUGCAAUCAAGGCCAGAUGAAAAAUGCUGAUAUGUUAUUGCAUGCCAUGCUCAAUCUAGGGAUUGUCCCGGAUGACAUAACGUAUAACAUUCUUUUGGAUGGGCAUCUGAGGAGGAGGAGGAGGAGGAAGCGCGGAAAACUUGGGGAUGACGAAGAUGAGAUGCUGAGAAGUGAAAUGGGGCUUGUUCUUGACUAUGGUUCUUAUUCUUCACUCAUUGGCAAGUGGAAUAAAGAGUUAAGACAGCAUGAUGAAAGGUGACCAUGGUUCUCAUUUACAAUCACUUGCUUAGAAUUCCCAACCAUGAGCUUAGGGUUCUGCAGUGUUUAGGCUUAUCUUUGCAAUUAAUCACUCCAUUUGUGUACAAAAUCUAAAUCAUGUGAAAUUGAAGUGUAGUCUUUCUGUCUUUGUAAUUGGGUUCACAAAUUAAAUCUGAAAAUACAAGCAUUUUAGAAGCAUAUUUUAAAAGCCUGAUGAUCCAAGGAGAUACUGAGAGGGUGUUUGAGAUUGUAUUUGAGAAUAACUUUUUAGCUUUUAU